CCCAGCCCUAUGUCAGUCACUGGGAGACAGUGUCCAGAUGAGUAGCACUCCCUGCCCUCAAGGCUCACUGGCCGGUGGGCAGUAGUGCUGACUAGGGCUGCCUUUGAUCCCCCAGGUCCCUUGCCCACCCACUGCGGGGCCUGGCUGGUGCCUGGCAGGUGCUCUGCCAGGCAUGUGUGUUACUGAUUGGGACCGAGGGUGGCCUGGGCUCUGGGUGACGCCCUGCCAUCCAUCCGUAGGCCCGAGCCAUAGUGGCAUCCGAGGGCCACGCCGUCACCCUCCCGUGCUGCGCAUGGUUCUGGAGGCGCUGCAGGCCGGAGAGCAGCGCCGGGGCACCUCGGUGGCGGCCAUCAAGGUUUACAUCCUGCAGAAGUACCCAACGGUGGAUGUCCUCCGGCUCAAGUACCUGCUGAAGCAGGCCCUGGCCACCGGCAUGCACCGUGGCCUCCUGGUCAGGCCCACCAACUCCAAGGCCAGGGGGGCCACUGGCAGCUUCAAAUUAGUUCCCAAGCACAAAAGGAAAGCCCAAUCUAGGAAGACAUCCGCCAUGACAGCCCCCAGGAAACCCGGUGAGGCCAAGGAGAAGGGUCCCAAAAAACCAAGGGAGGCAAAGAAGGACCCUCCCAACCCAGGCGAGGUGAAAAGGGGACCCAAGAAGCCAAGAGAGGCGAGGACAGGUCCUACCAAACUGGAUGCAGCCAAGGAGAAGGCUCCCAAGAAGGGCAGCCAGACCAAAGACCAAGAGGCAAGACUGAGUGAGGCCAAGAAGGCCUCCCAACAGCCAGACAAGGCCACGCAGGACCUUCCCAGUGCCACUGGCCCAAGAGGAAAGUCAAAGGUCAAAGGCAGAAGGAGCAACCAAGAUGGUGAGGCCCACAGGAAAACAAAAGCUGGGAGUCAGAAUUCAAAAUCAACGGUCCCCAAGAACAAGAAUAGUGCUGCUUCUCCAGCCAGAAAGAAAGAAAACAAGGUCCUUAAAGAAGUUGUUGCCUGUGGGGCCAAGGUGGGGCCCAAAGCCAAGGCCACUGCUCCUCCUAGGGCCAGUGGGUCUAAGACAGUGCCUGCACCCCUGGCCAGGAAGACGGGGGCCCCCAAGGGCCCGAGAAAGCCCGGCAUGCCCACCAAGGCCUCAUCGUCCAAACUGGCCAGUAAGAAAACAGAAGCUGAAAGCUAGAGCUGGGGUGGAGAGAGACUGAGAUUCUGCUCAAGUUUUUAUUUCCCAAAAAAUCAUUACUCUAUUUAUUUCAUUGUAACCUAUUUAUCAAUAAAGGUGUUUUUCCCCUCACAAA